UCCCAUAUUCUUUUAAGCUUCAUAUAGCUUGUAGUGUUUUCUUUAAAGUACAAUUGAAAUUAUUUUUUCACCUGGAGCUAUCGUCACCCUCAGCUGCAGCCGUUCCGUUUUGGUGGCGUUUGCUUAGCCCACACCUUAAACAACGAAGUAAGAAGAGCCUUGAAGAGAGCAAAUGGAACUCUUAUAGUGCUUUACUAAUUUUAUUUCCUUUUGUUACAAGAAACCUCUCUGGACUGGUGGGAAAAAAGAGUUCUGGUUUGGAGAAUGGACUAGACUGGAGUCCUGGUGAACCGGGUGUGUUCGACGGAAGAUAAGUAGGAAAGAUACCUCAGGUCUGUAGAAAUCGUGGAGGACUGAAAGUACCCUUUUUGUUUUCUUUCUUUCCUCCUCCUUCGGCAGUUUGGAUUUGGGACUUUUUUUUUGUUCUGGAAAGCAGAGGCUGGAAAGGAGUGGAGCAUUUUGGGAAAACCCUGAGGUUAGGUGGACGUGAGUUGUGAGACUGACGCUGACAAAGGUGCUUGAAAAAGAAGGACUUGAGGGGAGUUGCGGAGAGUGGAAGAUCUGAAGAAGGAACGGAGAAUAAGAGAAAGAACACAGACGGUUGGCAAAUGUCCGGGAAAGAAUGGUGGAAGCUUAAGAGACAGACAGGGACAGUGGGACUAAGGAACAAAGAAUAAAGAAAAGAGGUUUGAAAAAUUUUAGUGACUUGUUGAGAAAGCUGGGAGUGGAAAAGGAGAAGAGUAAAGAUCUAUUGUGAGUUUGGAGGAUGGCCAGGAGGAGUUUGGAGGACACGUACCUACAGUUUGGAGGACGGCUAAGAGGAGUAUGGAGGACAAGUAUCUACAGGUUGGGAAAACUGCUGAGUGUCUUCCGUAGGAGAAGCAGAAAAGUUGGCCCAGCUCCAGUGGACAUUCCCAUCACUCCUAAAAAGCCACCUAGGGCUGAAGAGAAGAAGACCCCAGGCCGUCGCUGGUGGUUCUGCCGGGGAUGCCAGAAGCAACCUCUUAUGGGCAAGCAGCCAGUCUGCCUUCAUUAUCCAGAUCCCCAAUACCUGUCUAGCAAGAUGGAGAGUAUCCUUGCAGAGAGAGCCAGUGCUUUGGAGAGUGUGGAGUCUUCUUGUCCACUUCCCACCCUUCAAUCGGAGACGAAUCUGCCCAUGAAUGUAACAGCCAUCUCAAAGAUGUUCAUAAAAAUCAACAGCAGAAAGGAGGACAUCCUGGUAUGCUCUGACCAAGAGAAGCUAGACUUUCUCCGGGCUCUCUCUGCCAGUUGCAUAGAUGCUUUAGAGAUGGGGAAGAAAGACCCGGGUCUCCGGCCCCCAAAGAUUGAGUUAAUCAAGGCCAUUGUGGUGGUGCUGGAGAGCCUACCAUUAACCUCCGUGCCUUCUCCUGUGCUGUCUUGUGCCAUGCUGGCACUCUACCAUCUCAGCAAGUUCAAGCCUUCACUCAAUCGGGACAUGGAAUCACAUGUUCUACGCCUGAUUUUAUACCAGGUCUUCACCAUGGAGAGCUCCGCUGACCGCAAAGAGGACUUCUACAUCUCCUCAUGCUCAACACUUGAGCUUCUGCUGAAGGGUUUUCUCACAGAGGAUGGAACUGUAGACCAUCUGCUCUUCCUGCUGAAGCAUAUUAAUUUUUGGCUGCAAGGAAGCAGGGAAGAAAAGCUCCGGGCCCUAACAUGUGCUUCAGCCCUAAUUGACCAUGCCACCGAUAUCCUAGGCCCUAAAGCAGCAGAACAAUUCCCUGAAUGGGGUCAGAUGGUGUGCCAGUACAUCAUCCAUAUCAGUUCCAGCAACCCGGUAGUGAGUGAGGCAGCGAGGGAUGUUCUUUCAUCCAUGUACAAGUUCCUCUGUAUCCAGAAAAGGCUUUCUCUAGCAUACAUCCAAGAGUUUUGGUGCCCUGAAUACUGUGACACAGAAAUGCUGGGCUAUGUGGAUACCUGUCUGGCAGUAGAGGCAUUUCAGAAAAUUCUGAGUGAAAAGCAGAGGGUAGGCAUGAUCAAUGCUGCCUGGUUGGCCACUCAUAACCCCCGGCCAUAUAUCAGCGUGCCUGGAUUGCUGGUACUUUAUGCGUUUGUGGGGAAAGCCGAUACCUUUUUGAGGACAAACCGAGAGGUUGUGCAGAAGAGUAUCUUAGAUGCUGUGCACCAACUGAAGGAAAAAAAUAAGAUACCCAGAGCACUGCAAGUCCUUUUACACACCCAAGAUGAUUUGAUAAUUGAGGACCUUGAAAACUAAGACAACCAUACGCUAUGGCUGUGCCUGAGAAGUUUAGUGGAGACCCAGGUGGCAGCCUUCAUUGCAAACUGGAUAUGGAGCAGGUUAUCCCACAUUCCAGAAAAACUGAUCUGGAACACAAAUUCAAUAGGAGAGCAUUGGAGAGGCUGUACACAUUCAAACACUCUUAGGGGAAAACCUAUGGAGAGUACAAGUGCCUCUUGGAGUUUAGUCGUGACUAGUAUCAGGAGCUGCAGCACUGCACAAAGGAGAUUGUCAGUUUCUUGACUGCCUCAGUUGUGAUGGGAGUUAAAGUACUAGAACACCAUAUUAUGCUGGACAAGACCUGGAAAGGAAGGAAGUGAUCAUGAGGUGACCCUGGAGCCCAAUGAACUGGUGGAAUUGGUGAGAAACAUCCGC